GGCGCGGCCGUAGCUCCGUUUCCGGUGGCUCUUCGCACUCGCUCACUCCAGCUGCAGCCACUCUUGCCCGUGGCUGCUUCCUCCAUCCUGGUAUUUUUUGGAGCCUCCAUCCUGGUUCUUCCAAAGUGCCCGGACCCAAAACAGGAAAGUGUUGUGGAGUUGGGGACAUGGGGAAAAAGCAGUCUGGAUAACAUGAAAGUGAUGCUGGUGGCUAAGGGAAGGAGACUUGGUUCUGUGGGAAGGGCUAUACCUGAUUCAUCUAUUUUCUAGAUUUGAGUAUGAGCACAGCUGAAGAGGAUUCUGACACUGUAACAGUAGAAACUAUAAACUCUGUGACUUUGACUCGGGACACAGACGGGAACCUCAUUCUUCAUUGCCCUCAGAAUGAAGCUGAUGAAAUAGACUCAGAAGAUAGUACCGAACCUCCACAUAAAAGGCUUUGUCUGUCUUCUGAGGAUGAUCAGAGUACUGAUGAUUCUACUCCUUGCAUAUCAGUUGUUGCACUUCCACUUUCAGAAAAUGAUCAGAGCUUCGAAGUGACCAUGACUGCAACCACCGAGGUAGCAGAUGAUGAGAUUACUGAGGGAACUGUGACACAGAUCCAGAUUCUACAGAAUGAACAACUAGAUGAAAUAUCUCCGUUGGGUAAUGAGGAAGUUUCAGCAGUUAGCCAAGCGUGGUUUACAACUAAAGAAGAUAAGGAUUCUCUGACUAACAAAGGACAUAAAUGGAAGCAGGGGAUGUGGUCCAAGGAAGAAAUUGAUAUUUUGAUGAACAAUAUUGAACGCUAUCUGAAGGCACGCGGAAUAAAAGAUGCUACAGAAAUCAUCUUUGAGAUGUCAAAAGACGAAAGAAAAGAUUUCUACAGGACUAUAGCAUGGGGUCUGAACCGGCCUUUGUUUGCAGUUUAUAGAAGAGUGCUUCGCAUGUAUGAUGACAGAAACCACGUGGGAAAAUAUACACCAGAAGAAAUUGAAAAGCUCAAGGAGCUCCGGAUAAAGCAUGGCAAUGACUGGGCAACAAUAGGGGCGGCGCUAGGAAGAAGUGCAUCUUCCGUCAAAGAUCGGUGCCGACUGAUGAAGGAUACUUGCAACACAGGGAAGUGGACAGAAGAAGAAGAAAAAAGACUUGCAGAGGUGGUUCAUGAAUUGACGAGCACUGAGCCAGGUGACAUAGUCACACAGGGUGUAUCUUGGGCAGCUGUGGCAGAACGAGUGGGUACCCGCUCAGAAAAGCAGUGUCGUUCUAAAUGGCUCAACUACCUGAACUGGAAACAGAGUGGAGGUACUGAGUGGACCAAGGAAGAUGAAAUCAACCUCAUCCUUAGAAUAGCAGAACUUGAUGUAGCUGAUGAAAAUGACAUAAACUGGGAUCUGUUGGCAGAGGGAUGGAGCAGUGUCCGUUCACCACAAUGGCUUCGAAGUAAAUGGUGGACCAUCAAAAGGCAAAUUGCAAACCAUAAAGAUGUUUCAUUUCCUGUCUUAAUAAAAGGUCUUAAACAGUUACAUGAGAAUCAAAAAAACAACCCAGUGUUUUUGGAGAAUAAAUCAGCAUCUGGAGUUCCAAACAGUACCAAUUCCAGUGUACAGCAUGUUCAGAUCCGAGUCGCUCACUUGGAAGACAAUACACCCAUCUCUCCAAGCCCAAUGACAGCAUUGCAGAUUCCAGUCCAGAUCACCCAUGUCGCUUCGACAGACUCCCCUGCUGCUACUGUUGACCCGGAAACAAUAACACUAAACAGUGGAACACUACAGACAUUUGAGAUUCUUCCAGUGAGUAAUACUUCACAAAGUAGAUGUUGGCCGUGUUUAUGCAUAUCAGUUUUAGAAAUGUUACAUACAACCUCUUCCCUCGCUGUGGCCAAAUUAACAAUAUAUGCACAUAUAUUUGGGAUAUGUGUUCAGGUUUUUACUUUUGAGGUCACAUUAUUUAGAGACUUCUGUCGUAAUUUAUUAAGGGAUACCACCUAUGUCAUUUGGUGCUUAGAACUCAAGUCUGGUAGGUACUUUUCCCUUUUGCUAUUGAUCGUUUUCUUUAACAUUUUAUAGCCAGAACAUUUGUUGAACACAAGUGACAACGUCACAGUGCAGUGUCACACACCAAGAGUCAUCAUUCAGACUGUUGCCACAGAGGAUAUCACUUCUUCCAUAUCCCAAGCAGAACUGACAAUAGAUAGUGAUAUUCAUUCUUCUGACUUUCCUGAGCCUCCAGAUGCCCUAGAAGCAGACACUUUCCCAGAUGAAAUUCAUCAGCCCAAGAUGACUGUAGAGCCAUCAUUUAAUGAUGCUCAUGUAUCCAAAUUCAGUGACCAAAAUAGCACAAAACUGAUGAAUAGUGUUAUGGUCAGAAGUGAAGAAAUCUCUGACACCAACCUUAAACAAGAGGAGGAGUCACCUUCUCCUUUAGCCCGUGUAUAUGUCACUGAGGAUUUAGAGUCACCUACCAUAGAAGAACAAGUUGAUCAAACGACAAUUGAUGAUGAAACAAUACUUAUUGUUCCUUCACCACAUGGCUUUAUCCAGGCAUCUGACGUUAUAGAUACCUUGCCUCUGACAACUCUAACAGAUCCCAUACUCCAACAUCAUCAAGAAGAAUCAAAUAUUAUUGGAUCAUCAUUGGGCAGUCCUGUUUCAGAAGACUCAAAGGAUGUUGAGGAUUUGGUACAUUGUCAUUAGGUAAUUUCUUAGAAACAGGUGGUUCAGGCAAAGAAGCCACACUGUUCAUUAUAACAUCUCCAAAGAAAUGGGAGCAACCCCCAACAGGCUUAAUUUUACCAUUCCUCUAGCUUUUAAAUAGCUACAGUGCUUAAGCCACAUACACUGUUGCUGCUAUGACUUUUUACCUCUUUUAUAUGUGUGUGUGUGUAUAUAUAUAUAUAUACAUCAUCUGAGGUCUGGUCUUACACAGUGUGUAGUUAAGGGGAGUGUGGGGAUCUUGACUGCCAAGAUUCCUGUGACUAGUGUUACUUGUCAGCAGGGAGUUUCAUUCACUUUAAAAUUGCCGAAGUUUACUAUUUUAAAAGCAGUGAUAGUCAUCUCUAAAGAUCAGGCAUGGCCACCCCCUAUCCAGUCUCACAUAGGCCUGCUUUUAUUUACAGAGGUCAUAUCAACACGGUCUAGACUUUACCAGUGACCUUUUCUUCAACAGAAUUAAAUAUUGUUAGUUUGAGACUUGACCAGGAUACAAGUAGAGACGUAGGUGGUGACUAUAUAGCAGUUAUUUCUUGGUUUACCCAUUGCUGACAGUGGGAGCUGACUGAGGCUGGGUAAAGAGGAAAGCAUUAAAAAGGUUAAAAUUCACUACAGUUUUUUUAAAAUUACUUUUAAAGGGAUCGUGGAUGAGAGUUGUAACAAAACUCACCAGAAGCUGAGUUUUCUACCCCCUCAGAACCCACUGUCAACAGUUUACAAAGUUUAGCACUUUGAAGUAAAAUAGAACUAAAUAGGAAAGGCAGUAAAGUUGCCUAUCCUAUAACAUGACCAUUUCUUACAUGUUUUGUUUUGCUAUAUGAAAUACCCAGAAAGUAGUUGAGGAGGUUAUCAGAAUUUGCUGUUCACUUAGAGCAUUAGCUGAUGGGGUGUGAUACAACUUUUCCCUCUCAGGCAGUUAAAAGAUUUGCUUCUGUAAUGGAAGGAAACAAAUCAAGAGUCAUUCCUAUAUUAGAGAAGGUUAAGCCAAAACUAGCCUCUAGGGCUUUAAUGAAAAUAGCCCCUAUAGAAAAGUCACAAAAAAAAAACUUGUAUAAAUUAUUUUAUUUAUUAUUGUAAUUAGAUCUUUACAAUCAAAGUUGUCUUUUCACCAUCUGUGUUUUGUUAAUGUGAAAUUACAUUGUACUUAUAAGCAAAAGUUGGUUGCCUAGGGAACAAUUAUAUAUUCAGUUUAACAGAAAUAAAAGAAUAUUUGUCUUAAAAUGCAA